ACUUGUUUAUUUGGAUUAUCAGCAAAUUUUGAAGGGAGGAAUCGGGGAUUGUCAGGUGAUGGGAUUUAUGUAUUUGUACCUGAGAUAAAUUACAAAUGCCUCUCGAAGUUAACAGUAUUAAUCCUAUCGACUCCCGAUUGGCAUUUUCUUGUGUCUCGUUGUGGACAUAUUUUUUUGGUAUAUUCAUUCUUGCUGUUGAAGCUACCAAUCCCCUUUUCCUCCUCGUUAUUCUUAUUGGACCGGUAGCCACAUAUUACUUUCUUCUACAAAUUUCAAUACCUCAACCUAAUUUAGAAAUUGCCGAAGAAAUUUUAGGACGUCCACUUAUACCUGAGUAUACUAAUGAAAAUGACUGUGAUGAAAAGGAAGAUCAUCGGGUACAAAUGCCUGUCAUUGCCCAUAGGUUUGCUGGUUUGGAUGCACCAGAAAAUACAUUAGAAGCCUUGGAAGUUUGUUAUAAGAAUGGAGCAAUAGGUGCUGAAUUUGAUUUGGUCUUAACCAAAGAUUUGGUUCCUAUACUUUUUCACGAUAAUGAGCUUGAUAGAUUAACUAGUGCCACUGGUGAACUACAAAGGAAAACUUGGGCCGAACUUCAGAAUUUGGAUGUAUCAAUAAAUCAUCCUUUUCAUGAAAGAUUUGUGGGUGCUAGAAUACCUUUAUUUGAGGAUGUUAUUAAAAAAGUUAUUGAAUAUGACAUGAGAAUUUUCAUUGAUAUAAAAGAUGAAAGGGCAGAGAUUGCAAGAGUUAUUGUUGAAACAUUUAAGGAGCAUCCUAUACUAUAUCGAAGGGCAGUCGUAAGUUCCUUCAACUUUUGGAUUAUUUAUAAUAUCAGAAGAAGAGAUCCAAAUAUUGUUGCUUCUAUGGCUUGGAGACCUUAUUAUAUGACUUAUUGCAAAUACUCAGUCAUAGAAGAGGAAUGUAUUCCCUAUAGCAGAACACCAAUUAUGUAUUAUUGGGGAAGGAUGCUUGAUCAUGGUACAACAUGGUUUUUUAACAAUCUGGCUUAUCGAUUGACUGGUUUUUCUGCAGUUCUCUUAUGCAAGGAUAUUAUCACUGCAGAGGUGGUGAAUUAUUGGAAACUGCGAAAUGUCCGAGUGAUAGCUUGGACUGUCAAUUCUCCUUUAGAAAAAGUUUAUUUUGUGAAAAAUCUUGGAAUUUCAUAUAUGACCGAUUCAAUGCUUGGCAACUGAACUUCACAAAUGAUGAUAAUAAUCCUAAAGUUAUUGUUUCUUUCAUCAUUAAAUAAAAAGAUUUUAAUAAACGAUGUAAUUUAUAUUUCUGUCAAAUAGCUUGUAGGCAAAAUGAUGUCAGUGUAAAAUUAGAAAAGUACUACUCAAUGAAGUAAUUACCUUAAUAUUUUAUUUUGUUUCUUCCAUUUUUUUUUAUUAAUGUAUUUAUGAUUUAUUCAAUUAUUGUAUUACAUUAAACGCAUAAAAUAAUGAGGUCUAACAAUUGACUAUACAUAUCUUUAAGUGAAUAGAAUAAGAUAUUUUUUCUAUAUUAUAUUUUGACAGCCACACUGAAAAAGCCUGUUAGUACAAUUUGAUUAGAAUGAGUGGUUUUGAGCUUUUCUGUUUAAUCUUGGCCUCUGAUAUAUUCUUAAAAACCAACUAAAAAUGUUAUUUAGAACAUUACAUCUUUGUCUUAAGUAUGCAAUAAAAAUUGAAUGGAACAUCUAUUUCAUAUGAUAAGAAAUACACGUUUAUUUCAUCUUUUAAAUAAUUUUAUGUCUUGCACUUACAGGCUGUUGUGUUGCAGUGUGGUUGUCGAAUUAUGUCUAAGGUUUCUUAGGAUUAUGUUAUCUCAAAUGCGGGCAUUAGUUUUUUUCAUGUUUAGUAUUAUUAGGAUUAUGAACUUUCCUGAUUUAUCGAUUAUUACAUUAAUUAUGUUUAAAAUUAUUAAUUUAAUUGUUUAUAUUAAUUAUGUCAUUGUUCAUAAAUGAUGAGAUUCAUUCCGAGAAUGAGAUAUGCUUAUUUCAUGAAGCUGGUACUAUUAUAGCCUUUGUGAAAUAUCCCUUAUUUGACCAAAGAUAAAAAAUGUAAUUAUAAAAAAUUAUUUUGUAGUCAAACAGUAUUUAAUAUCAGCCCAAGCUGCGAGUAUGAUAUUAAGUAUGAGAUCUCAGGAGAAAUUAUGUAGGGGAUAGAAACAAACAUGUGCAUUUAACUUUAGUAUAUGUACAUAAUUCUCUCAAUAUGAUGGCAGUUUUAUCAUUCAGUAUGUUUAUAUAUUCAUUAGAGUACUUCUUUGAUACUCCCAAUUAUGGAAAAUAUCCUAAAUACCUGAUACCAGAUGAACUAGGAAUGUGAAUCUUACAUACUUUGUUUAAUCUUGGUCAUAAAAUAACUGUCGGGCCUAAUCCUUACUUGCUUUAUAUUAAUAAACCCAAAAGUUUGUUGUAUAUUACAGGUUAGGCUUUCUGUGAUAAGAAUUUAACAUUUAAUAUUUGUAACUUUUUUUUCUGGUUACCAUAGUCAUAAAUGGUACUAAAGUUUAUGGUACUGGUGCUAGAUGUUUAUCUGAUUCUGAAGUUUAACAAAAAAUUAUCAUUAGAUGUAUUUGAGAUGUGCAGAAACAUUCUAAAAUCUCUGAUAACUUAAACUUUUAAAGCUCAUAUUGUACGAUAUUAUAAAUUUAUGAUUUUUUUUUUAAUCAGCUUAUAUAAUAAUCAAUUACCCAUUUUUUCUCAAUAGGCACUGCCUGAUUUUAGAGUGUGUAUUGCCUAAGUAGUACAUAUAAUUAUUUUCAUUACCUCAAAAAGAAUAAAAUUAUUCCAGAAAAAUAUAUUUUCUUGCAUUUUAGAUAAUAAAUUCACUAUAUCUGUACUCAAUUAUUUCAUAUUUAAAUGUUAUUUUAAAUUUCAUCUCCUUGGAUCAAGUUUUGAAAAGAAUUAUUAGAGUUCUGAGUUCUGUUAUUUCAGCAGGAGUAUUUUAUUAUUUUUAUUUUAAAACUAAUAUUGUAAAUCAUUAUUUUUUUAUAUUUUAAAAUAAUUAUGGGACUGUAAUAUUUCUUAUAUGCAAGCAUAGAUCAUGUCAAAUAUUUUUGUAUCAUUGAUUAAACAGAAGCAACACUUAUAAGAUUAUGUAUUUAUUGGUUGUCAUCAAGCGCUGAAACAAUAAAACUGAAUUGGUAAAAGCAA